AUGGUGGCACAUGGCUUACCAACUCUCUAUGCCUUGGACAAUGUACACAGUUCAAAGCUCAAGGCUUUUUGGCCUUUGAAUUCUCCAAGAGAAUCAAUUUCAGAUGCUCAAAUUAUUCUGGUUGGAGCUGUUGCUCCUCAAAUCUCGAAGCAAAACAAACAAUGGACUGGUUUCUGGUUUUGUGUUUGCAUUAAUAUAAUCAAUCCUGCAUUUACCUAGAGCGAAGAGUACUGCUUAAUGAGUUUGGCUUCAAUUUUGUUAAAGAGACCUUUUUCAUGGCUCUCUCUCCUCGCCCCUCCGCUUCUUCACAUCCUUGGACUUCGUUUCUUGCAUCUCAUCCUUACUUGUGCUGCUUUGUUCUUCUCCUCUUUCUUCUUCCCAGUCUCACUUCCUCCUCCCCCAUUCCAAUCAUCAAAACAUAGUCAAGAACAACAUCAAGAUCGAGACUAUGUUGUCACUGAAGAUAUAACACCAAAAUCGGAGGAAAAUCUCGAAACCACCAAUGGUGAGGAUGAAGACAACGCAAUCCCCGAUGAUGAGAGCCUCAUAGAGCUGUCUUUACCGAGUGGUCAUUACGUUGGUCACCACUACACCAGUAAUAAGAAUCAUCUAUAUCUCCAAAACAACAAAGUCCAAGAUUUCAGGCUUUUUGAUCUAUUCAACGAUUUCAUGGAAGAAGAUAACCUCAUUGAAAUCGAUAUCUCCAUUGGAUCCAUUAAGUAUUCAAGGUUUGAGAUCAAAGCUUGAUCUAUAUACAUUUAAUGACUUCAAUGCUUUCUAUACCUCUUUUUUUCCCCAUGCGGGAUUUCGUUGUAUCACAUGAAUAACU